AUGUUCAGCACUCACAGAAAUGGAACACCAAAAUCUCCUAAUUUUAUUAAAAAUUCAGACGUGUUUUCGAGUGAGGACCCGGACAAGAUUUUUACGGAUCUUUUAGAAAUUGGCCACGGUAGCUUUGGUGCUGUCUACUAUGCAAAACAUGCCAUAAAAAAUGAAGUUGUUGCUAUUAAAAAGAUGUGCUUUCAGGGAAACAAGUCUGGGGAGAAAUGGCAAGAUAUUAUAAAAGAGGUACAGUUUCUACAGUCACUGAAGCACGAAAACUGUGUUGCCUACAAGGGCUGCUACAUUAAGGAUAACACUGUUUGGUUGUCCAUGGAGUAUUGCUUGGGGUCUGCUUCAAAUCUCAUUGAAGUGCAUAAGAAGAGUUUAUGUGAGGUGGAGGUAGCUUCGAUCUGUGAUGGAGCACUGAAGGGCCUGUGCUACCUGCAUGGACGGGGGUGCAUACAUAGGGAUGUCAAGGCGGGAAACAUACUUCUCACUGACAAUGGAACUAUCAAAUUGGCCGACUUUGGAUCGGCUUCAAUAGUUUCCCCAGCUAACUCUUUCGUUGGUACUCCAUACUGGAUGGCUCCGGAAGUUAUCCUUGCCAUGGAUGAUGGUCAGUAUGAUGGAAAGGUGGACGUCUGGUCUCUGGGCAUCACGUGCAUUGAACUGGAGACUCGCAUUAUAAUAUUAGAAAUUGGAUUGUUUUUUCCUGAAAUCAUUUAUGAGAGAAUACUGCUCUGUAAUGCAUUGCUACAACAUGAGAACAACUGCACUGCGUACCUUCAAAACCACAAGGACAUCGGACCUUUUAUAUGCACAUCUACUGAAGAGAAGCCACCUCUCUUCAAUAUGAAUGCCAUGAGCGCCCUCUACCACAUCGCUCAGAACGACCCUCCAGUUCUCAGGUCCACCGCCAAUCGACAGUUCAGUGAAGAAUUCCAAGCUUUCGUUGAUGUCUGUCUAGUUAAAAACCCUGAGAAACGGCCGAACGCCAGCCAGUGUCUUGAGCUGCCAUUCAUGAAGAUGCCUCGGCCACCUGAUAUUCUAUCCAUUCUUGUUGACAGAACAAAAGAAGCUGUUCUUAUUUAUUUGUUCAAAUUCUGGAUAGGGAUUAAAUUUACAAGGAGGAUCUUGAAAAUCCCGGAGAUAGCUGAGGAGACGGAGAUAGCAACAGCAACGAAGGAAGCUGCGUGUAAGACAAACUCCACUGAGGAGAUAUCUGCUGGUGAAGAAUCUAUUGAAGACGGUCACAGCAACAAGUCAGACAGCCUAACGAGUCGAGAGAGUCAGGAGAGCAUACUGACAGGUGGUUCGAAUCCGCACCUGGCUAGCAACAGCAACAAGACCACACCAGCCUCCACACCGUCAUCAUCGCCGUCUAAGAAGUCAACUAAACAGCAGCAACAACCACAACAUGAACAGCAAUCAACAAUGAUUGAUCGACCACCAACAAUAUCACUGGCGAUGGGUGGCUUAUCGAAGACCUCCUCGUCUUCAUCUGAUGCCCCGAACAACUUUUCAACGAUUCGCACGACGUCCAUCGUCACGCAGCAGCAUCGCCAGCAACUUGAGAACAAGCAAUCGAUCGAGUUGGAUGAAUUGAAGCAAAGAAAUGAGAAAGAGUUUGAAUUACGUCGGACACAGUAUUCCAAAGAACUUGAACUUGACCUUCAGAGACAGAAAGUAACAAAGGUGCUUGAGGUGAAGAAGAGGAAGUACAUCAUACACAUGCAUGAGCAGGAAGUCAAGCAGAUGCAGCAAAUGAGUCUACCGGCAUCGUCACCAAAUCGCGAUGCGGUGGUGAAAGAUAAGAAGGACACAUUCAAACAGCAGCAGCAGAAGAACGAACAGACGUUGCUACAGCAGCAGAGGGAGUUCCUGGCGUUGGAGAUGAGGAGGUUUUAUAGGAGGAAGUUGUUGCAGUUCCAUCUCUUUGAACAAGAACUUUUUCGUGAGCAUACAGGCAAGAGACUGACCCAGAUGGAGUUCUUGCACGAGAUGAUGCUGAGACAAGAUGAAGAUGUGAGAGACCUGCAGAUCAGACAUUUUGAAAAUCUUCAGAAACUCAAGCAGGACUUGAUGGAGCAACAACACCAGGAGGAGCUGAAGAACCAGGAUGAAUACACUGUUAGAGCAGAAAGAGAACUGAAACUACGACACAGUACAGAAUCCCGACAGAUGCCAAAAAACCUGAGGACUCGUGAACAGGAGAUCAGAAAACAGUAUCGAGAUGUCGUCAGAGUGCAAACAAAACAGUACAAACUACUCAAGGAGCAAAUCAUUUAUAAGACGCCAAAGAAUGAACAGAAAGAAGUCCUGAUGAAGUUGAAGGACGAUCGCAUGAGGAGGCUGGCCAUGCUGUCAGAACAGUACCAGCAGAGCAUCAACGAAUACGCCCAACAUCAAAAUGUUCGGAUGGACUCCACUCAGUCAGCUGAAGAGACGGAACUGCGCAAACGACUGAUUGAAGAGGCCGAUCUCUUGAAGGCCUGUCAGAACAAAAUAAUGACGCAAUCUCAGAACCAGGCGAAGAGGGAGAGAAGUGAAUUGGAAGAGAGAGUAUCAGAGAGGAGGGCUAAAUUAGUACACGAAGCAGACGAGGAGUUGGCAGUUUUCGACAGCAAUCGUUCUCGUCAGAUGACAGACCUUUUAAAUCGUCAGGCGAGGGAAGUUGAACAGUUUGAUGAAAAAAGUGGAGAGGAAGGUCUCGAAGCGGCCAACGAACCUGAAGUCAUCAAAGAAGAUGACUACACAGAUGGUAGCAGAGGAAGUACCUUAAGUCUAGCAGCUGCUGCUGCUGCUGUCUCGCCAAUGUCUCUACUUAGGAUGAAGUCUAAACCAUGA